AUGGAGAAUCCAGAAAUUCUUGAGUUAACCGAGGAAACAGAUCAGCAAGGCAUCCCGCAGCGUAGAUUCAACAGACCUCGCCGCCAGCCAGCCACUACCCAAGGCGACCAGCAGACCGCUGAUAUGGCGACUGAGAUGGAUGCUGCUCUCGCAGAAGGGGCUAGUGAUGCGGGUACUAUGGCAACCAAUCGAGUUGCCCCAACUGUCCAGGACAACGGUGAUGACGGGGUUGUAAUGGAGGCCGGAGAGAGUACGAAACAGAACCUUGAACAACAGCUAACAGUAGCAAAUGCACAACUCAAGGACUUCAAAGCUCUCUUCGAUGCAGCCAAAUCCCUGACCGGUUCCACAGAGGACAUCCCCGCCGGAGUUCUGGCGAAGGGACUCUUGUCUGCUUGGGAGGAGAAGCAGGAUGAUGUCCGCCAGAUGAAGGCCAAGAUCGCUCAGAUCCAGAAGGAAAAGGAUCACACACAGGAAACACUCAAGACCCUUGAAGACCAGUUGAGUGAACUGAGAAAGGAUCGUGUUUUCAAGGCUUGUAAGAAACAUCAGAGAAAAUGGUGGCGCCGAUUCUGCUUGUGUGGUGUCGUCAAGAAGAACAACAAAGUGGGCGUGGCCCCUGAUGAAGAUGACUACUUUGCAGAUUGGGAGACCCAUUUCGCAGACGAAUUCGCCAAGCAGAAUUCUACCAUACGCUCUUUGCAGAAGGAAAAGGCCAUCCUGGAAACUCAGAUAAGCAAGCUUAAUGAUACAAGUGACGCAACGAAGAAGAUGGUCAAGGAGAUGGCUCAGAAGCAUAAGGAGAUGGAAAAGGGAAGAAAGGAAGCAGAGAAGCAGAAGAAGAAGAUUGAGGGAGAGAAGGCAAAGGCAGAGAGACUGAAGGGGAAGGCGGAGAGGGAUAAAGACAAGGUAGAGAAGAGGAUGAUGGAGAUGGAGAAGAAGAUGAAGGAAGCGGAGAGGAAGAGGGAGUACGUGGAGCGGAUCAACAGAGCUGUCAUCGAAAAACUUAGUCUGAUGAAACAGGAAAUUGAUCUAAAGAAUGAAAAGAUCAGUCAGCUCAAUAAGAUCAAUGACCAGUAA